GUCAAAGCCGUUUCCCAGAUUAGUCUGGGGUUCUGAGAACUAAGGUCACGUUUCCGCUGUGGCUGCCAUCAAACUUUAGUUAGCUGUUUUUCUGUUCUUACACCGAGAGCCGCCGCUAUGUCCAAUAACAACGCCAGCAGCAACUUAAUCAUCGCCCAGAGGGCCGUGAAGCAGCUCCGGUUAGAGGCCAGUACUCGGAGGAUCAAGGUGUCCCAGGCUGCUGCUGACCUGAAAAACUUCUGCCUGCAGAAUGCAUCCAAGGACCCGCUCCUCAUGGGGGUCCCCUCCAGCGAUAAUCCCUUCAGACCCCCAAAGUCUUGCUCACUGUUCUAAGCAGCAGAAGGAACAUGAAGGAUUUUCUGGACCUGUCCGUUGAAGCUUCACUUCUCUUCUCAUCGACUUCAUGGUAAACCUGCCUGCAGCUCCUCAUGGGAAGGGAGGGAGAGCCGAUUUCCAUCUUGUUUGCCAAAACUAAUGGUAUCCUAUCCCCCAUCUGUUACGUGAAAGCAUGGCCAAACUACUCAACAAGCAAGCAGAAGACGUUCCUGACACUAACGUGACUAAUGAUUAAUCUGGGUUUGCCUAAGUGCCCAACAUGUCCGGCAUCUAUUUACAGACUGUUACCACUGUUUGUUAUUUUCAGUCGUGUUGUGAAGGGCAGGUGGAAGGAUAAUCAAACAUGGAUUUAUCAUAGCUUAUCUUCCAUCCACACUUUUGUAUUUAUCUCUGUGAAACACAACAACAAAAACAAAAAAAACUACUAAUAUUGUUGGCCAACAAACUAAACUGGUGCCUUUUUCAAUGUUUGUGUAUAUAAGCGGAAAAUAAACUGGUUUUGUGGACCUUAGGUACUAAGGCAUGACACAGGCUUUAUCUUUGGAGCAAGCGAUGGGUUAAUCUUUCAUUUUCUUGUUACUUUAACUCACCUAUCUAUAGCUAUAUUUUAGACUCUUUUAAGUUUCUCUUUCUUUAUGUCGAAUCUUUCUAUUUAAGGUAAAAACACAUGAUGGCCUUACACUAUGUGGAUUAGUGGUAACAACCUUAACUUAUUGCACAAAUCCUUGUGUCUGUGUUGGAAUCCUUGGGUUAUGUUUGUAUUUAAUGUUUUUUUUUUCACGCUGGAAUCAAGCAUCAAUCAACCAAAAAUCUUUCCUGCUGAUGAAGAAAUCUGUCUUUUCAGACACUGAUGAAUUGCUGCAUCUAACUUUAUAUACAUAUAUAUA